AUGGCGUCGAAUAAGCGCGCGCGCGCGACGCCCGCGACGACGCCCGCGACGACGCUCGCGGACGCCAACCUCAUCGCGCAGCUCGUCGACGUGGACGGCGUCGCGGCGGGACCCGAGCUCGAUUUGCCCCCCGACGUGGGCGCGCGCGAAUUGCAGUCGCUCCUGCGCGAGCUGCUUCGCGCGUCGAGCGCGAAUCCGGAGGACGACGACCGGCUGACGACGCCGUACGCGUUUUACGUCGACGGCGAGGAGGUGACGGGAGCGUUGGCGGCGACGAUCGUGGAGCGGAAGAUCUCCGUGGAACAGGUGUUGAAGAUAGUGUAUCAGCCGCAAAGUGUGUUUCGAGUGCGCGCGGUGACGAGGUGCUCGGCGGCGAUCGCGGGACACGCCGAGGCGGUGCUGAGCGUGGCGUUUUCGAGCGACGGGAAACACUUGGCGAGCGGGAGCGGAGAUUCGACGAUACGAAUGUGGAAUUUGGAUUCACAGGCGCCGAAACACACGCUCAAGGGACACACGAAUUGGGUGCUGUGCAUCGCGUGGAGCGCGGAUAACGUGUACUUGGCGAGCGGGGGGAUGGAUAGCGCCGUGCGAUUGUGGGAUCCGAUCACGGGCGAGGCGCGCGGAGGGCCGAUGAAGGGUCACAAGAAGCACGUGACCGCGCUGGCGUGGGAGCCCGCACACGUGGCUUAUCCCGUCGUGCGAUUUUGUAGCGCGAGCGCGGAUGGGUCCGUGCGAGUUUGGGACGCCGUGCGGCGCGCGUGCUUGUUUACCAUGUCGGCGCACACGAAAGCCAUCGCCUCGGUGAAGUGGGGAGGCGAGGGAUUGAUUUACACCGCCUCUCGAGACACGACCAUCUACGUCUGGGACGCGAACGACGGCAAGGUGGUGCGACAGCUCAAAGGACACGGGCACUGGGUGAAUUCGUUAGCGUUGUCGACCGAAUACGCCCUGCGCACGGGGCCGUACGAUCACACCGGGAAAAAGCCUGAAAACGACGCUCAAGCCAAGGCGCAGGCGCUGACGAGAUAUAAGGCGGCGACUGGAGGGAAACCGGAGCGCUUAGUGAGUGGUAGUGAUGAUUACACGAUGUUUAUGUGGGAGCCGUCGACGACCAAGACGCCGCUGCAGCGCUUGACUGGGCAUCAACAACUCAUCAACCACGUCUUAUUCUCGCCGGAUGGAAGAUACUUCGCGAGCGCGUCGUUCGACAAGGGAGUCAAACUGUGGGACGGCCUUACGGGCAAAUUCAUCACUUCUUUUCGUGGUCACGUCGGUGCGGUUUACCAGCUCGCCUGGUCCGCCGACAGCCGGUUGUUGAUGAGUGCGAGUAAGGAUAGCACGAUGAAGGUGUGGGACGCGCGAUUGAAAAAGUUAAAGGAGGAUCUCCCGGGUCACGCCGACGAGGUGUACGCGGUGGACUGGAGUCCGAUGGGGACGAAAGCCGCGAGUGGGGGGAAAGAUAAGAUGCUGCGACUCUGGAUGCAUUAG